AUGUCAAAAAGCAUGAAAUUAGGGCUAGAAGAAACACAAGCAGAUGAGAUUGAAUUAAUGGAAUUUGUGCCUGAUGAAGCACCGGAUCGCGUGAAUAUUCGAUGUGAUCCAUUUUUUGACGAUGUAAAAGUUAAGGCAUUUCACCGCAGACAUCAUCAUUUACUAAGACCGCCACGUCGACGACAACAGCAGCAAGAACAAAACGCUAGGAAAGUUUCACCAGUUAAUAAAAUAUCAGAAAAAGGAAAAGAAACAAAUGAAGACACAACUAAUGUACCGAAGGAAAAAGUGUCAGAUACGCCAGAAAAUAGUGUCCACAGAAGUGGAGCAGAACAGUUGACAUCUACCGAAAUUACCUUUUCCCAUCAAACGCAGCUUCAUGCUCUUUAG